AGUGUGUGUACAGCAUUUACUUUGACUUCUACUAUUUCCAUUGGAAAAUAUUUGGCUUCUUGAUAUUUGAAACCAGUGACUGCUUUUGUUUCAAAAUGGUUUUAAGGUUUUUAAUUAGGUACUUGGCAAAUAAUGAAAAAUUGAUACAGUCGCUAGCUGACUCAUACCCAAUUCGACAAGCUGCACGUGUAACUGCCAGGUUUAUGAUGAGAGCUAAAUUUUAUCAAGAGAAAACUUUGGAAAAUAUUAAGAAGAAUUCUGCUGAAUCUUUAUCAAAAUCAGAAGGAUUUGAUUUUUCAUCUUUUUUAUCUCAUCAAAUAGAGAAACUGAAAAAAAUUCUUGAUGGAAGAAAUAAACGGUGAUGGCCUACUUACGUGGUAUUUUUAAAAAUGGCAUUACAAAAUUUUGUGUUGUAGACAAAGACUUCUAGUUCAAUUCAAAACAAAUCUGGCUAUUAAUUGUUUUAACAAGUUUUUGAUAAACAGUAUGUGAUAAUGAUUAUGAAGCAAAUGAAUAGCUAUUGAUGAUGAAACGAAAGUUUUUGCAGAUUUUUUUUUCAUAAAUAAUUUGAAUAGUUUUCUCAAAUUUCCUACUUCAUGUUUGCAACACCAAAUAAGUACAACCAUUUUUCCAAAUGUAUGUACAUAGACAUGUUUUCUCUAGUUUUCAUUAAAACAUGUUCAAAUUCUGUUUUUAUUUAUUGAUUGUUUAAAAGUUAAUGUGCCAAGAAUGAUACACAUGUUUUUAACAUUAUAUUUAUUGCUUUGAGACUUUUUUUUACAGUAAUAAAAGUCACCCAAUUUGU